GCGGCGAGGACGCGAUGCGCUCCGCGCUGGCGCUCUCCGCGCUGCUGCUGCUGCUGCCGCCGUCGCCCGCGCUCUCGCAGGAUGACGUAGUCCAGUCCCAGUCCCAGGAUAACUCCACAGCCACACCAACUAGCAACCAGAACUCUUCCAUUCAAAAGCCUACUACUAUGGCCACCAUGGCCCCAACAUCCAGUAGUUCAACGACCGUCUCAGUACCAGUCCUGGAAAGUGGCACCAAAGCAUCCACAACCCCCAAAAUGACGUCAGCUGCAGCUCAGCAGAAUUUCACAACACUGUCCUCCAGCCUGGGUAAGAAACCCACUGGGGACAGCCCCACCACCGCCAGUGGCACCGAGGUCAACAGCUCUACGCAUCCAGCGUCCUCUGUGGCCUCAACCAGCCCUGCAACCACAGGCCCCCAGAGUGGAGACAAAGCAUCAACUCUCUCUGGAGACCAGAGUAAUGGUCCUGUGGCCACUAAGCCCAUGACCACUCAGGGAGGAGACCAGCUGACCACACAGGCUGCAACCUCUGCUCCUCAUGUGUUCAUCACAACAAGCCCUCAUCCAUCGACUAAUGUCACUUCAGAGGCCCCAGAGAGCCCUCCUGAGGGACAAUCAGGCUCAGUCAUGGAGACUACAAGCUCAAGUCCAACAUCCAGCCUUGACCUCACCCCCACAAUGCAAGAGAUGUUCACCUCACAUACACUGCCAGGCACCUCUCAAGGGCCUCAGCAGCCCUUCAGCCAGAUGCCACCCAGCCCAGAACCAUCUAUCUCUGUGGCACUGCAGCCCACCAGCUCUGCAGCAAGAACUCAGGCCACACCUGCUUUCUGGGAGCCCACAGGGCUCAACACUAAGUUGGCUCCAACCGCUCCCCAAGGCUUCAGUACCCCCUCUCCCACGUGGACUGUUGGGAAGAACAAGGUAAAAUGUGAUCCUGCUGUAAAGCCAAGUGAUGACUUGCUCAUUCUGAACUUCACGACGGCCAGCUUCUGCGCAGGGAGUCCUCCAGAUGACAAGCUCGUCUCUCUGCUCUGCCAGUCAGUCAAAGCCAACUUCAAUCCGGCUCAAGAUGAGUGCACUAUAACGCUGGCAUGUGUUCUAGAAAGCCAGGCUGUGGCAGUGAAAGGAAUAACUAUUGAAACAAAACUGCUUCCCAAGGAUGUGUAUGAACGGCUGAGGGACAAGUGGGAUGUCCUAAAGGAGGCGGGAGUCAGUGACAUGCAGCUGGGAAAUGACAGCCCCAUAGAUGAUGAGGAUCACCUCAGCAUACCCCUCAUCAUCACCAUUGUCUGCAUGGCCUGCUUCUUGCUGCUUGUUGCAGCCCUCUAUGGCUGCUGCCACCAGCGCCUUUCCCAGAGGAAGGACCAGCAACGACUGACAGAGGAGCUGCAGACAGUGGAGAAUGGCUACCAUGACAACCCAACCCUGGAAGUGAUGGAGACUACUUCAGAGAUGCAAGAGAAGAAGGUAGUCAACCUUAAUGGGGAGCUGGGAGACAGCUGGAUCGUGCCCCUGGACAACCUGACUAAGGAUGACUUCGAUGAGGAAGAAGAUACACACCUCUAACUGGGUCUGCUGACCACCUCCCAACAGCAUCAGAGCUCGAUUGACCACCUGAAGUGCCAUUUGGACCGAGGAGGAAAAUUCCUCUCUAUUAGAGAAGGGAAAGACGGAGAGAGUGGGGACUCUGAGGAUUACCAUUUCCUAAUCCCCCAGGGCCUUAAUUUUUUCCUUUUCAAGCAAACAAAUCACAUUAUGUCUAGAUUCCACUUAUAAAACAAUCCUGUAGUGCCUGAGUUCAGAGCUGCUGGAACGUGACUAAGAGAAAGAGGAGAAAGCCAUGUAAGGGAGUUUAGAGGUCCUCUAUAGAAUCCUUUCAUUUUGUGGGUGAGAUGACUAAGGCCGAAAAGACUUGCCAAGUAACUUGCAUAGGGUCACUUGGUGGCAAAUAGUUCUCCCUUUGGUCUAGUGCUUGUUUGUAUCAUGUCACAUUGCUGUGUUCACCCAGGCCUCUCCCAGGCAGGGGAUGAUACUCCAAGGGGUGGGAAGGACAACGCGUCUGUAUCCUGUCUUGUGGGAUCUGAUUGUUCAAAGGAUACUGCUUGAAUUUCCAUGUCCAACCCCAGACUUGUCUUCUAGUGUCCCUUCUACCUUCCACUCCCCACAUCUUUACUUACCUUGCUUUACUCACUGUAUCUCAGAGUCCCUGCAAUUAGCUCCCCCACCCCCCACCCCGUUUCUGGAUUUUGUUUGGUUCUGAUUUUCCUGUAUUUGCCUAAUGAGAUUGAGACUUACCUCACACCCUGUGAAAGGUCUGCUUAAGGGAUGGGAAGGUGAGAAGGGGCUGCUUCUCAUCCCAGGUUAAACAGCUCAUGGCAGCCAAGUUGAGACUCAGCACUAACACUAGCCUAUUCCAAGGCAAUUCUUGAAGAUACUCUCCAAUAUCUCCUACCAGGGACUUAAAAUCUAUAGCAACUACUGAAAACAAGAUGCCUUUUUUUUAAAAUUCACUGCUUGUUGAUGGGGUAAAUCCAUGAGGAAGGCCUGGUGUCAAAGAGCAAGUCUAGAGAACAGAUCUAUCCCAGGGCCUUGAUCAGCAAAUGCAUCUCAAUAGACAAUCCAUUGAAACAGCUACAAGUUGGGCAUUAUUGUUUCACAGGGAAUCAGGGACUUUUCAAGUUGCUGAGUAUUGUUUAAUUCAGCUUUCCACUGCCAAAGCUUGAACAAUGGAGACUAAUCUCACUAAUUUGGCUUCUCCUGCCAAAGAGAAAGGAAGGUUCAGAACACACAGUGCAGUGCAUCUUAUUAACAUGACAGUUUCCCAUUCUUUGGGCCUACAGCUAGGCUUUGCUCUUCUCUGUUCUUGGUGGGGCCACUAUAAUUUUCCCUAGCUCCUGGUGGCAUCUCAGGGAAACACAAAGCCAUUUCAGUAUCUCAGCACAGUGUUGUUAAGCUGAGCAGUCAGCUGCCUUGUAGGUUCCUGCAGACUAGACAUAGGGAAGUUUCAUCUAGUUCCCUGUAUGAAAAUUUCAACUUGUGACAUAUCUAUCGCUCCAG